GUGUCAGACUGAGAGCCGACAAAUCCAUUCGGCUCAGUGAGCAUUUCUUCUCCGUCACUGUCUUUCGGGGCUCCGGCCCGGUGUCCGACCAGCCACAGCUGCUGAGAAACGUUUGAGAAAUGUGUCACCCGUGUGCGGUGGAGGCGAGAGACACCAUCUUUAAUAAAACAGAUAAACCAUCAUGAUUCCCAUCACAGAGCUCCGGUACUUUGCUGACUCCCAGCCAGCGUUCCGUAUCCUGAAGCCAUGGUGGGACGUUUUCACCGACUACAUCUCGAUCGUCAUGCUGAUGAUUGCGGUGUUCGGUGGUACGCUACAGGUCACGCAGGACAAGAUGAUCUGCCUGCCUUGCAAGUGGGUGAUCAACAAGUCCUGCGAGACCAUGCCCGUCCCAAACGUGAGCUCCGCCUAUCCACCGGAGCCCAAAGGCAUUCAGUAUGACCUCGACCGUCAUCAGUAUAACUACGUCGAUGCCGUCUGCUACGAGAACAAACUACACUGGUUUGCAAAAUAUUUCCCCUAUCUGGUGCUACUCCACACCCUCAUUUUCCUGGCCUGCAGCAACUUCUGGUUCAAGUUCCCACGCACAAGCUCUAAACUGGAACACUUUGUCUCCAUCCUCCUCAAGUGCUUUGACUCCCCGUGGACAACGAGGGCUUUGUCUGAGACCGUGGUGGAGGAGAGCGACAACAAGCCUAUGGGGAAAAUUAACGGUUCCAUGGAUAAGAAGGCUUCCAGUGUGAGCGAGGAUGUUGAGGCUAGCGUGCCCAUGCUCCAACGAACAGCAAAGUCCAGAAUUGAACAAGGAAUUGUAGAUCGCUCUGAAACUGGGGUUUUAGAUAAAAAAGAGGGGGAGCAGGCCAAAGCUCUUUUUGAGAAGGUGAAGAAGUUCAGGAUCCAUGUAGAGGAGGGGGAUAUAGUGUACCGUCUUUAUAUUCGUCAGACCAUGAUCAAAGUAAUCAAGUUUAUACUGAUAAUUAGCUACACAGCCUACUAUGUACGCUACAUCAGGUUCAGUGUAGUGUGCUCCGUAAACAUUCAGAAAUUAACAGGCUACAGCAUGUUCUAUUGUGCUCACCCGUUGGCAACUCUUUUCAAGAUUUUGGCCUGUUUCUACAUCAGCUUGGUGGGGGUUUAUGGCCUUAUCUGCAUGUACACUCUUUGUUGGAUGCUCAGCCGCUCCCUCAAACGGUACUCCUUUGAAUCAAUCCGCGAGGAAAGCAGCUACAGCGACAUCCCUGACUUGAAGAACGACUUUGCCUUCAUGCUACACAUGAUAGAUCAGUAUGACCCUCUGUACUCCAAGCGCUUUGCGGUAUUUCUUUCAGAGGUGAGCGAGAACAAGCUCAGGCAGCUGAACCUGAACAACGAGUGGACGUUGGAGAAGCUGAGGCAGCGCAUCACCAAAAACUCCCAGGAAAAGCUGGAGCUGCAUCUGUUCAUGCUCAGUGGGAUCCCAGACACGGUGUUUGAUCUGGUCGAGCUGGAAGUGCUCAAGCUGGAGCUCAUCCCGGAUGUGACUAUCCCUCCGAUCAUCGCCCAGCUCUCUAACCUGAGGGAGAUGUGGCUCUAUCACACACCAGCUAAAAUUGAGGCUCCAGCUCUUGCUUUCCUGAGGGAGAACCUCAAGUCUCUUCACAUCAAGUUCACAGACAUCAAGGAGAUUCCACUGUGGAUCUACAGCCUGAAGAACCUCAGUGAGCUGCACCUGACCGGGAACCUGAGUGCUGAGAACAAUCGCUAUAUUGUCAUCGACGGGCUUCGAGAGCUCAGAAGGCUCAAAGUUCUUCGUCUGAAAAGCAAUCUGACCAAGCUGCCGCAGGUGGUGACGGAUGUGGGCGUGCACCUCCAGAAGCUCUCCAUCAAUAACGAGGGCACCAAGCUGAUGGUGCUCAACAGCCUGAAGAAAAUGGUCAACCUGACGGAGCUUGAGCUCGUUCGCUGCGACCUGGAACGCAUUCCGCACUCCAUCUUUAGUUUGCACAACCUGGCGGAGAUUGACUUGAAGGACAACAAUCUGAAGACAAUCGAGGAGAUCAUCAGCUUCCAGCAUCUGCACCGGCUCGUGUGCCUAAAGCUGUGGUACAACCAGAUCGCCUACAUCCCCAUUCAGAUCGGAACACUUACCAACAUGGAGAGGCUCUAUUUGAACAGGAACAAGAUCGAGAAAAUCCCCAGCCAGCUUUUCUUCUGUCGCAAGCUGCGCUUCUUAGACCUGAGUCACAACAAUCUGACCAGCAUCCACGCUGAUGUGGGCUUCCUCCAGAACCUGCAGUACUUCGCUGUGACAGCAAACCGGAUCGAGACUUUGCCCCCAGAGCUGUUCAAGUGCAAGAAGCUGCGUACUCUGAAUCUGGGAAACAACUGCCUGCAGACGCUGCCGUCCCGCUUCGGGGAACUCACCGGGUUGACCCAGCUGGAGCUGAGAGGGAACCGCCUCGAGUGUCUCCCAGUGGAGCUGGGUGAGUGUCGGCUGUUGAAGAAGAGCAGUCUGAUAGUGGAGGAGGACCUGUUCAACACGCUGCCACCAGAAGUCAAAGAGCAGCUUUGGAGGGCCGAUAAGGAGCAAGCUUGAGCCGAGCCUCUGUGGAGAGACAGAAGUUUGUUUAAAGAAAUAAUCGAGCAGUGAUUUUGUUUUUAAAGGCAGGCAAACCUUGAGAAGUUUGGUUGGUGCUUGGGGCUUUCCUGGCAGGACCUAUACAAACAAGCGAUGACAAAAGUUAAGACUUUCAAGGAUGUUACAUGGUCUCCAAGGGAAAAUCUCACUGAUGAAAGGUGGAUCAGUAUUGUGGCUUUUCUGUUAUAUCAUCCUGAUUACAAAGCUGCAAGCAGAUGAUGUUGAAUAUGCAUGCAACAUUAGGACCUUGCUAAAGCAAACCUGUUUAUUAGAGAGAGCCGGGAAAAAAGCGUUGCAGAAAUUAGCUAAAUGUGCUCACUAUCACUUCUCUGCUGAUCAUGGAAUACUCUGGCCUUGAGGCUCAACAUUUUACUUUUGAAAUUUUUUGCAAUCACAUUUGCCGUUGCGGCACUGCGUGGCUCAGAGUACUGGCAGAUGUUAAGUUAAUAAAUAAUAGUGCAACUAACAGCCAAGUUGUCGAGGCAUGAAGGAACAAAAUGACUCUGUGAUGAAGAUCAACAGAUCAUCCCACAGAUGAUCUCGCAGUGUAGGCCUUAACUCGGAGGACUGAUGAAAGACAUCAAAGAAAACAAAUGGGAACAAACUCUACAGUACAUUCUAGUGCAAUGUUUAAAUACCCGGCAGUUGUUAAUUUAUAACGUCGGCCUGUGGGGCAGGCGGUUAAAGGUGGAUGGGAGCUGUGGGGGACAAAAGCCCCAUCGUUGGUCUCUUCAUUUUGCUUCUCUAAACAUCAUGCCUUACUUAGGCAUGAGAAACAGGCUUUACCUUAUUUUGCAUGACUGAACAUCAAACACAUUACAGGUGUGUCUUCUUAAAUUAUGUGAGAUUGAUUGUGAUUGGACCUGAAACAAGCUCAUGAAGUUAUUUUGACUUCAAGAUACAUAAUUUGGUACUUUUUAAAUGCUUCCACACAUUGGCAUCAUGUUUGGGCCUGUGGAACAGGCUGUAUUGUGAUUGUAAUACGUGAUCAUAAUCCAGUGAGUGACUGAAUGCCACACUUUUUACACAGCCAUUGAUUUGUUGUUUUGUUUAAGACUUUUAAGCUGUGUAUGGAACAUAUACCUUUUUAGUCAAAAGAUCUCAAGUGAUCUUUGUUCAGCUAAAGACCGAUAGAUGUUGCUUCACUGACUAGAUUGUAAUAACACAAGGUGUCCUCCUGCUGACAGGAAGUUUGCUGACCCUGUAUUAAAGUUACACGGUCACAAACAUUCAUAAAACUCCCAGUAACUGUUGAUUUCUUUCUUUGUUAAAUUCAAACAUAUGCAAGCUUGCACAAUGCUAAUCAUACAACCAGAUUAUUAUGUAGGCCAAUAGAACAAGCAAGAAUCGUGGUACUUUUUAUGCUCAGUAUGAUUUUGAAUUAGGAGACCUUAGAUGAUUAUUAUCCCCAGUGGAUGAACUCCUGCAGAUGUGAGACGAGAGUCUUAACUAGCUGCCAGGUACUGCCAGUCCCUAAAAGAAAAGUGGUGGUGGUGUUGUUGUUGUUGUUAUUGGUGACUCGAGUGGCUGGCUGUUUGUAUGCUAGCCCUUCAAUUUAUCAUGCUCCGUUUACUCCAGAGUAAACUGGACUGGUUUCUCAGCGUUUUGUUUAUCCGUUCAAGAGCGACAUGAGGAGAAACAGGAAAUUACAGAGUGAAAUAAACUGGUUUUGACCGACCUACACAAGGGAAACAUUUUUUCGCAGAGAGCGUAUGUAGAAUAUGUAAUUUCCACAUUCAUGCUCCAAAUUAGUGCAGCAUGCUUUGUCUGCUUGAAACACUUUUCUUGUUAAGACCCUGGAUUUAAUAGCCUCAUUUGGAGUAACCCUGCUAUGUUUACUCCAGCCAGGCAUCUCGUUGCUAAUAUGGCCUUAUCUUUUACAAGCUGUGUGCCCUGUUAAUGAUCACAAACAUCACGUUCAUGACUUGUUUUUUUCGUGUGUUGUUAAAUGUAUAGCUGAAAUGUUUAAUGUCUUUGUUUCAUACAUAUCAGUCAUAUGAUGUGAUCUUAUUUUUACCAACUGUUUCUUUUUGA